AUGAAUGAUGAAAAAGUAUCACCAACAGGACUUACUUCAAUUAAGCAAUUACCUGGUUAUGCAGUAACUACAGUACCUCCCAAUUGGAAUAUAUCAAGUGAUCGGCAUUCUCGAGUAGUGGAAGUAGCAGAUACAUUUAUUGGCUCAAAUAGAGCUUCUUCACCUCAUAAUGACACAUAUUUACAACGCUUUUAUGGACGGAUCACAAUCGAAGAAGUGUUGGAUUCCAUCUUUCAACGUACAAAGCCAUCAUCAUCAUUAUCAUCAUCAUCAAGGCAUGAAAUGAGCCCUUCGGAAAGUGGAAUUAUUGAUGAUGAACAAGCGCAUAAAUCCGGAAUCUAUGUGAAAAAUAAUGAAUUGAUGCAACAACUAGUGCGAGAUCCACAUGAAGCUGAAGCUCUUCUUCAGAAUGAACGAUUGUAUGUACGGUGUGCACGAUGUCAUCAGACGAGGGAAUUGGCAGAAGCUCGAAUGCAAUACAUAUCAUGCAAGCACUGCUACACAUAUUACUGUAGUCGUCAAUGUCGUGAAUAUGACUGGUCAAAACAUCGUGAAGUGUGUUCCUUUUCAAGGAUUAAUACUCUGUGCAAAGAAGUUAUCAUGAAAGUACGCAAAGAUCCGGAAGCUCAAUUUUACAUGUCAAAGAUAGCACGUGAUGGUUAUUCAGCACUUGGUCGUGGUUCUGUUAAUUUAAGGAUAAAUUCAGCUCAUACCGCACAAAGUUAUAUUAUGGAUGGUUGGCAAGCAAUAGCAAAUAUUCAACUCAACAAAUUACUCCAUUAUUACACCAUUGCAGCAUUAAUUGCAGAACGAAAAGAGCCAUCAUUGAUUACUUUAUGUCGUCAAUAUGAUCCAACUGAUAAAUUCAUCCUCAGCGUCAGUAUCAUUGCUGACAUCGAACAGUGUCCUCAGACGCCACCACCUGAACCGGUGGUUGUCCGACGAACCUUACCAUUAUCACAUUAUGUUCAAAAAUCAUCAUUAUUAUCUCCCCAACAAUCAGCUGAACAGGAAAGUACCGAUUUUACACAAUAUGAUGAGUUUCGUUCUGCGGUACCGACUGAAGUCUAG